AUUUUAUUAUACGUGUUUGAUAUAUACAUGUGAAAGAUUAAACUUAAGAAGACCAUGAGCAUAAACUUUGGUUUUACCGUAUGAUAUGUUACACAAAUAUAUCGAUGUAUACGAGAAAACUAUGCGUCAGAUAUAAAUAAAGAACUAACGUUUGAAUGAUAACUUAACGCAUUUUAACGCUUUGUAAUAUUCGUCUGGGAAGAAAGAGGACUACGAGAAUGUUGAGUGCGAUAGAGAAAUCAGGAAAGAUUUAUUUUGACGUAAUUUUGCUUCGAGUCGAAUAGUCCAGUGUAUUUCGAUGCGAAGUAGAAAUGGCGGGUGUUAUAUUUAUGCAUUUUGCACUCUUGUUGACAUUCAAAUUAUGUUAUUUAGGCGAAGGGGUGAGUGCUUUACAAGAUCAGGAUAUUUCUCUUGACAGUGAAAAAUUGAAUCUACCCGAAUCAUCGGAACAUAACUUUGUUAACAAUGCAGUUGGCCACAAACGUUUCAAGUGCCAUAUAUGUGAAGAUGCUGAGUGUUCACCAUCUAGCAUCUGUGAAGAUGCAAUUACUUGUUGGAAGUCUAGGGUGAAAGAGAUUGAUGGUACUGAAUCUGUUAGUCGCGGCUGUUAUAAAUUAGAGGAACAUAAGUUGUUUAUGUGUAAUAAAGAAGACAACCAAAAUGCAGAAUAUAACAAAAGGCAUGUUAGAGGAUUAGUAAGUGGUGUUCAAUAUUCAGUGGAAUGCUGCCAAGCAGAUUUUUGUAAUGUUGGACCAUAUCCUGUGCUGCAAGAUUCAACUAAUUCUGAUAAGGGAAAUUAUGUAAUGAAAUUAACUUUCGCAAUUCUUGGGCCAAUGAUUGCAUUGGUUGUCGCUGGAGGGAUUCUAUUCUGUUUCCUGGCGCAUCGAACGCGAAGAAAACGGCCGGUAUCGCGUCGGAAUAAACUUAUUUUAGAUCCCGACAAUGAACCUUCCAUGUUACAUUUCUCUUUUUCCUCGCCUACAUCGUCUGCCACUUGUCAUCCGCAUGAGCUUAGAGCAACGGCUGCUGGUGAUAGUACACUUAAAGAAUAUUUAGACGGCCGAAGUUUGACCAGUGGUUCGGGUUCUGGAUUGCCCUUGCUAGUACAAAGAACUUUAGCUAAACAAGUGGCUUUAGUAGAGUGUCUCGGUAGCGGUAGCAGUGGAUCUGGAUUCGGUGGAGAAGUGUGGAGAGGAAUUUGGCAUGGCGAGAAUGUAGCUGUAAAAAUUUAUUUUUCGCGAGACGAAGCUGCAUGGGCUCGGGAGACUGAGGUUUAUUCUCAGUUGUUACCGUCUAGACACGACAAUAUUUUGGGAUAUGUCGGCAGCGAUAUGACAAGUAGAGCCAGCUGCACUCAACUCUGGCUGGUAACGCAGUAUCAUCCUCUAGGUUCACUCUUCGAUCAACUCAAUCGGCAUCCGUUAACACAUCAUCAAACGCUUAAUAUUUGUCUGAGCAUCGCUAACGGUUUGCUUUAUUUACACACGGAAAUUCAUGGUACUAGAGGGAAACCAGCUAUGGCCCAUCGUAAUCUUAAAUCGAAGAAUAUCUUAGUCAAGACUAACGGUUGUUGUGUAAUUGCCGAUUUUGCAUUAGCGGCUACGCAGGAUCGUCUUACAGCGGACAGAGUAGAUCUACGGCAAGGAACUAAACGUUAUAUGAGUCCUGAAAUUCUCGAUCAAACAGUAAAUAUCGAGUGUUUAGAGAGUUUUAGACGGGCCGAUAUCUAUAGUUUAGGAUUGGUGAUGUGGGAAGUCUGUCGCAGAUGCAUAAGCAAUGGCGUAGUCUUGGAAUACGCGAUGCCGUACUAUGAAUGGUUGCCUAGCAAUAAUCAAGAGCCCUCCAUAGAAGAAAUGCGUAAAUUAAUCUCGUUUGAUCAGCGAAGACCACCGCUGCCUAAUAGAUGGCAUUCCGAUCCGACAUUAGCCGGGAUGGGAAAAUUAAUGCGAGAGUGUUGGCAUGGGAAACCAGCAGCCAGAUUACCCAUUCUUAGGGUAAAGAAAACACUCGUUAAAUUAGCAGCUAACGAUUCUCGUGUUCAUUUACCGCUCGAUUGACCAGCAUUCAUCUUACCGAGCUCUUUUUCAUCCAUGUAUUUAUUACUGUUGCUGCAACAACCCGACACGCGCAUUGUAAGUUCGAUCAUCAUCAUCAUUAUCAACAAUCGUGCGUUAUUGGAUGCAUUAUAUCAAGAAAAUAAAAAAAAAUAUCGCAUAUCGACAUAUCGAAGUAACAAUGUUAAUAUGUUUGUUAAUGUUUGGCAUAUGAAUUCUGUUGCCUUACGUUCUUUAUUACUGUUACCAUUCUGGAACAAUGUUAGUAUUAAGUGUAUAGUUUUGUAGCGUUGAUUAAACCAAAUCGCUAAGUAGAAAUAUUAUUAAUUCUACAAAAUAGUUUGAAAUUAUUUGUUAAGAAAAAACAUAUUCAUUGUAUAUUGAGGAAUAUGAAUUUUCAUAAUCUAUAAGACAAA